AUGAGUACUGGCCAGUCAAAUACCAGUUCCAAGAAGCUCUCCAACAAUCCCAACUUUGUGUUGGAAGAGAAAAGAAAUUGCUGCCGCGCCGCAGGCGCCUGUAUCAAAUGUGGCAAAAUGGGCCACAAGUUUGCGGAAUGCCGCACAGGCUGGAAGGCAACCCCUAUCAAGGACAAGGGGAAAGCCAAGGAAACCGCCAAGACUGGCAAAGACUCUGAGUACCAAUUGGGAAAAGAUACCAAUAGAACAUCCCCCCUCUUUACUAUUUCCAUACAACCAGAGAAACAAGCAGAACACUUAGAAGUCCUGAUAGACUCAGGCACUACGUCCUCAUUUCUUCACCCACAAAUUGCCAAGGCAUUACGCCUACCCCUAAUAGAUCUCCCAACUCCUUGCACCGUUACUAUGCUUGAUGGGUUGAGCCCCCAGGCUGGCAAGAUCUGGAAGAAGGCUAAUCUUACCUUCUCCUUUGAUGGCAAAUGA